GCCAAAUUCUGCUCUCAAUGGAUGCAACCAAAUGGGCUCGUAACAUGAGCGGAGUUCAGCCCAAUUAAUUUAAAAUGUAAUCUGCUGGUGAAUUUGAUUAGUCAUGAACCAGGGGGGGGGGUUUGCUUUCUGGCGUUCUUAUUUAUGAAGCAGCUUGUAUAGACAAGACUUGUUUUGUAGAACAGUUUCUGAAUCAUCGAAGGGGAAUAUGACCAAAAAAAAAGCCCCCAACAAAAAACAAUCCCCACACACAAACAAGAAGGAAGUAAAAUUGGUUUUCAGCUAUGUUCUUGCUGCCGCCUUUUCAGAAAGAAAACACAGGCAGCUUUUGUAACACUCACAACCAGGGAAUCAAUGAACUAGUCUAAUGAAUGAACUUGGAACCUAAAUUUCCUCAGCGACUAUAUUUGCUGAAUCAUUAUUGAUAUUUUUAUGGCUCUUAUUUUAUUACGUUCUCCAUAAAUUCACCGUUGGAAGCCUUGCAAGUGCCCGUUCCAGCAUGCUGCUGUUUAAGGUGAAGUCCUGCCCCCGAUGCAUGAGGUUGCAGAUAAGGGGGUGCAUCGCCUGCACAGUGCGGGGUAAAGGGGGGCUGCGCUCGGGAGCAAGGCUAGGCCCUGAGCUGGCGUCGUAUCCUCAGCAGCGACAUGCGGCAGGGCAGGAAACGUUCAGCUGGCAACCUCCCCUGCACCAGUCUGCUGGCUGGGGUAGGGUUUAGCUCUGAUCUUGCAAAUUUUAAUCCGUGGUCCCGGAGCAGGCUGCAGCACACCUGUGCUAGGUUACACGUGCUGCAUUUUAACCUUCGCCAGGACUUUAUAACAAAACGUCUGGCAGACAUGAAGCCGUACCACCUUCGACAUAAGUGAAACGCGUGUAUUCAGCCCCUGGCUACCACAGGAUCCACGUGCCUCAUCAAUUAUUACUCAUCUGGCAUAAUGCAAGUACACUGAAGAGCGGCAUGUGCGACAAGCACGUCCUGCUAGAACGAAGCAGCAAUCUCCUUGCUCUCAAGGACACGACCUGCCAGUGCCUUUUUCAGGAGGAAGGAGCGGAGAUCUGCCUCGCUCCCCAUGGGCUGCCAUGAGUCGUUUUGAGAAUGGCUAAACAGGGCCUGGAGCAGAUCUGUCAUCUGCUGGACCUAAGCCUUGGACCUGAUGGUCUUACAAAGUCCCUUCCAGCCCUAACGUCUAUGAAAUCCUGAUUUACUGUAGGCAUCCUCUUGCUUCCCUGUAGCAAUCUCUGGAAGGGUAUUUGGAGCCUGCGGCUGCAGUGAGUCGGGGAGGGAAAAGAAAGGGACAUUAUGGCAAUUGUUAGAUGGGAGGCCAUGAUCUCCACCUCUUCCUCUCACCCAGGGUACGGGCAGAUGAACGUAUUAUACCGAGUCACGUAAGCAAGGGGGACUUCUAUCAUUGUCAGCUGCUCCUCGGUAGCCGUGUCACACAUAUCUGCUUCUAUUCCCUGGUUCUGUGAAGGGAAGGAGGAGUAUUUAAGCGACAGACAGUAUUUUCUACCAGAAUAGCAUAUUCCACAGCAGCAUGGACGAGAACCUUGAAGAUGCAACCUGCAGCAACAUCAGGUCAAUCGCCAAGGAUCUGACCAACUUAGUGACUUGGGCGCACACUCAUGGGACGAUAUGCAAUCAAAUCCCAGCCUUGGAAAUUGUACAGGGCAUGGACCGUCCCACCAGGGACAAUUCUGUUCUAUGGAUAUGUGUCACCGGACAUGCCUAUCACUGGCGCUGCGGCGGGGCGCUGUACUUCAGAAGCGGGGAGGAAAGCGUGGAACAGAAGAAGAGGCCCCAGACCUCUGAUUCCUGCUCAGCGGAGCAUAAUUUAAGCGAAAAAAGAUACAGGGUAAGCUCACUGAAAGCCGAUUCUGAGAGCACAGGAUGCCACAGCAGAUCUCCAGGGAUAGCUCCAAAGACCGAAGCCAACACGUGCUUCACAGCAUGCGAUAUAGCAGUGCCACCAGAAAACCAGAGUGGACUUAUUCCUCCGAAAGACAGCAGCUCCACCAGACCGUGCUGCACCGCAGAACAGAACGUGCUUCUAACGGCUAGUCGUGCCACAACCGACCGAGCUACCGGGCCGACGAAAAGCAUGGAGGACCUGCAAGACAUCUCUGACGAGGAACAGUUUGAAGCAGAGGAAGGACCCAAAAUAAACUGGAAUAUUCUUUCAGACUCACAGAAUAAAGAAGCCUUGGCUGAGUAUGAACUGCAAGUGCAAGGCGAUAGGAACAGGGGGACUAGCCAGGAUACGGCCACCCAGACAUCUAUUUCUGUCUACAAAGGGAAGGCUGUGACGACCCCCUUUUUCCAAGAGAUUUUAGAACGCAGCAGUCCAGAGAGCCUGGAAAAGCACUGCUUGAAUUUAGUUGUUCCUCCUCCUGCUAAGUCCAGAAGCAAAACCUCUGGAGCAGGGAAUCCCUCUGAAUCAGCGGUGUCUAAAGAGCAGUUACCAGCAACUCCCGUCCCCAGCGUGGAAACCAGGGCCCUGUUUGAGCCCCCUGUAUUCAGAGCUUUCCACGACUCCGCACCGCCUGGCGUGGUCCACCAGCUGUGGCCUUCUGAGCACGCUCCGUCGGGAACGGGGUUCGUCGGGAACGCUGCCGAAACACCGGGCGAGGAAAGCAAACAGUCAGGAUCCCAGACCGCAGCAAGCGCUUUAGCCUCACCUACGCCAGGGAACGAGAGCGCCCAGGACGGCCUGCCUGCACCUUCAAACAAAAAGGUAGUGAGGAAGUCAGAGAGCAAGAGAAUCCGUAACAUCAGCGACAUAAAAAUGUUCAGAGACUGGCUGGCAUUACAUUACCCCUCUGAAAAGCGGGAGAUCUUCACGCUGCCGCCAGAAGCCCUCGAUAAUUACCUAGCCUCGUUCUACACGAACGUCAGGAAGCAGAACGGCGCCGAGUUCUCGGCCAGCUCCUUAUUCUUCUUCCAGAGCAGUAUAGAGAGGUACCUCAAGGAACACAAGUACGAGUAUAGCGUGGUGAAAGGCUUCGAAUUCGCAGUGUCUCAGGAAGCCUUAAAAGUGAAAGGCCAGCAACUAGCAGAAAAAGAGAGGGAGAGAGACUGGAGCAUCCUGGAAAACCUGACAGAUAGAGACGUCGAGGAUCUUCGCAAGAAAGGCAUACUCAGCCGAAUGCAUCCCGAAGGCUUCCUACACUUAAUGCUCGUAAACAUCGUUAGAGGGUUCGGGGCAAACACGCACCAUCAGGCUCAGAAUGUGUGGUGGGGGCAGGUUUUACUGAAAAAGAACAAGGAGGGAUUAGAGUACUUGGAGUGGAAAGAGAAUCUCAAUGCAAAGGCAAAUCCAGAGGAGUCAGGUCCAUGCAUAUAUGCCAAGCCUGAUAACCCAGGCAGCUGUCCUGUCUGGGACUAUAAGGAGUACGCUAGGAGGAGGCCUUUGGAUAUGUUUCAUGAUCACGAUCCAUUUUACCUCUCUCCUAAACCUUUGUGCUCCAUAUGGGACCAAAUCUGGUACUGUAGAAAAUCGCUGACCAAAACCAAAAUGGAAAAAAUGAUGAAAGUUAUCAUCCAGCAAAUUAAAGGAUCUGAAAAGAGGUCCACCAAGUAAGAGGGUCAGUUGGAUUUCUGCAUCCCGAUUUUGGGAGAAGUUUUUUUUUGGUCCGGUAGUUUUAGAAUCGUUUAACGUGGCAGCACUUAGCAUAGGUAGAGAGAGACAGCUCCUUUCCUCGGAGUUUGGCGUAAAGAUUUUAAAUUGGCUUUAAAAUUACCAUCACCUUCAUUUGCCGAUGAAGUGCAGGGCUUCCAUCAAUAGCAAGAAUGGAAUGAAUUAUUCAACGCACAAUGCAAGCAUGAAACAUAAUCCCAGAUUUAAACCAUUAAUGUUCUGCUGAAUUAUUAGCUCAGCGCCUCAGAGAGCUAAUGUUAAUGUUGACAGGGCCCAUAUUUGAAUAAUAUGGCUAAGAAUUACAGGUCUGUGCAGUUUAGGGAGGGCUGGAACUGACCCGAUUAUAAACUGUAUUUAGCAGCAGUCUUGUGUAACAUCUCCUUGUAUAAGGAAAAGCUAAGUAGGUGGAGUUGGCUUGGGGAAGGCGGGGAAGUGAUGAAAUACCACCAGUGGUUGCCAAAUACUAAUCUAUAGCUAUUCAGAGUGUUUUAAACAGUGUUCAAACUAGUUCUCUCUCUCUUUUCCUUUUCUAAGAGGGGGAAGGACUCUUAGAUUUACUUCAUUCUGUGUUUUAGGAAGUUACCAAAGUCAGCGCAACGUUUUCUAACAAAGCUAUUUCCUUCAGUAUAGCAGUUCUUGUUUUAGGAGAGUAUAGCCAAUGCGUUGGUGUAUUCAGAGUUCUUCAAUGUCUGUAUUUUCUUAAAGUCUGGUUACAACUGUUGGAUCGCUGGCAUCUCUUAAUAAAUUCAGUUUGACUUGA